AUGUCAAAAUUAAGACAGUCAUGUCUUAGAUCUCUCCAUGGCAUCCGCUCUGUUUAUUAUCUGCUUGCAAACGCAAUCCCCAAGAGUAGAGUUGUGAGAAACGUUUUAGUGCGCUCUAUUCUUGCAAUCUUUGCCAGUUAUCUGCUGUUUUUGGAGCUCUAUUUUGUAUUGCCUUAUUUAUUGGAGGAAGAGAAAUACUUGGCAUACGGCAUCUUGCUGUUUAUAUAUACUUGUUUUUGUUCGAGUGUUACAUUGUGUAUUUAUAAAGAUCCAAGUAUUCGUAACCUAUUGUUAUCGUCUAAGUCGAGACCAGAUUGGACUUAUUGUCUGACAUGUCAAACUUUACGACCGCCUCGUGCUCACCACUGUUUUGACUGUGCUAUAUGUGUUCUUCGACGUGAUCAUCACUGUACUAUUUUAGGUCAAUGUAUUGGUCAUGCAAAUUGGAGAUAUUUUUGUAAUACAUUAUUAUAUGGUUUAUUAGGUUGUGCUUUUAUGACUUAUUAUCAUUUAACAUUAGUAUUUCACUCAGAUUAUUUCCCUAUUACAUGGUCUAUAUAUUAUAAAUUAUUAUGUAUGAUAACACCACCUGGUUUUAUGUGGUUACUAGGUUAUUUAACAUUAAUACAAAGUAUCCUUUUCUUAACAACAUGUUUAUUAACUUUAAUAACAUGUUUAUUAUUUGUAUUUAUUAUAUAUGAAUUUAAUUUAAUGUUUACUAAUCAAACAAUGUAUGAACGAACAUUUAAAUCAUUUGAUCAAUGUUAUUGGAGUGGUAGUCAUGAUGAUGAUAAUCACCACACUACAGGUAUGAAACGAUUCGGCAAAGAGAUGAGUAGUAGUACUACUACUAGUAGUAGUGGUAGUACAGCGAUAAGUACAUCGGUAUUACAUCAUCGACGACAACAAUCAUUAUCUAAUCAUUAUUCAUCCUUAUAUGAUAUUGGUUAUCAAAAUAAUAUUAAACAAUAUUUAGGUGAACAUUGGAUACUUGCUAUUCUAUGUCCAUUUAUUCAUUCACCAUUAACUACAGAUGGAUUAAGUUAUCCAAUAUCAGAUAGUGUAAAAUUUAAAUGA